AUGAACGAGUUGAAGAAUGUACGGCGCAGUUUGAGGAUAUACGACAAGGUUCGAAGCAAAGAAAAAUUUCUUCCUGAUGAUCUAAUUAUUGAGAUCUUAAUUCGAUUGCCUGCUCAAUCUGUGGGAAGAUGUAAAUGUGUAUGCAAGUUGUGGUGUUGUUUAAUUCAGGACCCCAUGUUCACUGUAAAGCAUUUGAGACGAUCAAAUGUUGUCUAUGUAUACGAGGAAAACACGAAAGACAAUGGAGAUAAAGAAAUAUUCAAGUGUUUGAGCAGCAAGGAUGGGAUAUUACUUGAGACGAGUAAUCUGACUGGAAAAUAUCGAAUCAGGAACCCUAUAACUAAGCAGGUCCAGGAUCUGCCUGACCCAAAAGGCAAACGCGGGUGCAUAGGGCUGUUCCAUCUUUCAGAGGCCAAUUACAGCAAUAUUAAGUUGGCUAAUGUCUAUUGUAAGGAAGGAACAGAAGAUGGAGGCUGUCAAGUCCUAACAGUCGGCACUGAUCUCGCAUGGAGAGCCAUCGAUUGUCCUCACUUUUAUAACCUCGGAGGAAAAGGAGAGUCACCGACCAUGGCCAUGAAAAUUGAUCGAGCAUGGUAUGUCUGCAGGUUUUUUGAUGAUGUUGGAUUUGGCGUUUCAGAAGUAGUUCGUCUUGAGAUACAUCGCGAGCACUUUUCUCAUAUCAAGAUCCCGCAAGAUAUCUUCCCGAGUUUUAAGCAUGUUACGUGCAAUGCCUGGGAAGAUAAAUUCUGUCUGGUUAGUAUGGAGGAACAAGAUCUUCAUGCCUUGGUUUUAGAAGAUUACGAGAAGCAAGAAUGGAGCCAAAGGAAGGUGGUUAUUCCGCUGUCAUUUUAUGGUGAAUUCCCAAAGACUGUGCACACGCUUUUACCUUGCUCAUUCAGCAAUGAUUGUUACUGGUUUCGGCGAUGUGACCACUCUGAUUUCAAGUACAAUAUUCGAACAAAACAAGAAUACGUUUAUAGUCCUCCUCCUGGGAAGAGGUAUGUAUACAACUUUACUCCCAGCCUGGUCAGUUGGAAGGUAAAUCACCCACAAGGGAAACAUGAGAAGAUCAAGCAAUAUAAACAGUCUGGUAAGCUUGAAGGAAAAUCGACAAAGAAGAAAACUUAUAAAGACUUUAAAAAAUAA